AUGUACAUUUUCGCCCAGUAUGACGGACACUUUGCGCCUGAUGAAAUUUUCAAUUCUUUGUACCUGUCACCAAUGGAUAUCGAGGAAUUAUCGCCGUUUUUUGAUAACUUAUUCCAAAACUGGUCACGGGGGUCAAGAUGGCCCAGGUGGUUAGAGCAGGAAUUUACUGACCGGAAGGUCCGUGGUUCGAACCCGACCUCUUCCUCUCGACUAACCCUGUCUAGGCUUGGGCAAUCUGGCAGUAUCCCAGGCCUCGUACUUCCUUCGGGUAGCAUGGCGGCUAGGCACCGGAAGGGUGUUGCAGCUGAGUGA